UUACCUGUGACUUUACUUCUUCACCAACCAUCAAGGCGUUACGUUCGGGAACGCGGAAAUAUAUUUUUUCCGGAAGUGCAGCGUUUUCUGAGGGAAUUGACUUUUUCUUCAUUGGAGAGUUUAAUUAAACGGGAUAUUAAAUAACGAUGUCUGAGAAACCAGAGCUUCCACUCGGAUACUUAGGUGCCCAGCCUAAAUUUAGUGACCUGGGAUUAUCAGCUCUGAGCCACAUAGAGCCAGAAAUUCGCACCAAUGACAACCAGAUGGAGAUCAAACUGAAGUGCAAAGAUAACUUGAAGGUUACCCACCAGCUUAUCAACUGCAGAACUGACGAGGAGAAGUCCGAAUACGUAUUCACGCAAACCCUCCACGGUACCAUCUCAUUCAUCAUCAGCCUGCCAGAGUCCGGGUACUACAAAUUCCAAAUAUUUGCACUGCCUGCCCAAGACGACAGCAAAACUCUACCCAAUGUUUACAACUAUCUGAUCAACUGCGUGCGGGCGUUACAGCCGGCCUUCAAAUUCCCGAAACAGUACGCCCAGUGGAAGGACGGUUGCUAUCUUCACGAGCCGCUGGUCCUUCACAAAGAUGCUCCCCUACGUAACGUCUUUUUCAAGGUCAUCAUACCUGGCGCCAACGCCGUAGCCGUCGUGGCGGACGGAGAGUGGUUCCAUUUGGAAAAGAAGGGCAACCAUUUCGAAGGGAAAGCCAACCUUGAGCCGUUCAAAGGCAAAGAUACGAAGAUCACUCUUAACGCCAAUUGUGGAUCCGAUGAAUCGAAGUAUUCCACAAUGUUGGAGUAUCGCCUCUAAAUGGAUACGGACUCUAUUGCACUGACUUUCGCUAUUAAUUGCUCAUAAUAUUUUCGGCAUUGAUAUAAACACUGCUUUCUUAAGAGUGUCUUUCUUGACUCCUGUUUGGUCUGGACAUAUGCAUUCGUAUAGUUAUAGUUUGGUUGUUACGAUGUAUGAGGAGUUUCGCUCGGCUUUCUUUUUUCGUGACUCAAGCUGUCACAUUAAAAAGGAAAAUAAUUGUACUGUAUAACUACUGUUUUUUUAUUGGAUUUAAACCUAUAUUUUUAACGUAAAAGAAGCGUGUUCAACACGUGUUUUAAUAACAUAAAGGUGUAUAAAAAUGUGUAUUAACAUUUGAUUUUUAUGAUCGCGACGAAAUACCUAUACACGUUGGCAUGUUUGUAUUAUAGUAUGUAAUUUUACUUUGACUUUCUUUAAACUACGUUUUCGGCUUGAUUUUGGAUAGUAUUACAUAUGUAGCAUUAAAUUUUUAAUGACGAUCAUUAACUUAUAUUGCCCUCAUGUUGCCAAGCUUGAUAUUUGAUAAACGUUUUCAAUUAAAUACUUAGCGUUGACUUAGACUAUAGAUAUUUGAUAAUUUUUAAAUAAAAUUCUGCACGGGCA